UGUAGCUUGGAUGAAACAAUAUUGUGCAACAUUUUCGGCCGGAUCGCAUUUAUUUGCAUGCCGUCGACAACAUUAAGCGUUCCAUUAAGAUGAGCAAUCUACCAAGGCUGUCUGGAGCUUUAAGGGUGUACACUGGUCUAGACCUACCUGGCAGACAUGAGGAUGGGGAACUGUUCAAGAAACGACAACUUGUUACAAAGAAGAAAACUACUGUAGAAGCAUCAAGCUGGCAAAAGCAGCAAGACAAGAUUCGUUCCAAGAGCAGUUUGACUCCAGCUGAACUGGACAGUAUAUUCAAGGAGCUCCUACAAUGUGGCAGACAGUUAGCUGGUGACACAGCAGACGCAGAUGUUGCCGAAGGGGCUGCUGUCUACCUGAUAAAAAUCUUCAAAAACGUAGACAAAGUCGGUCAGAAGGAGACCAACAGCCUGAAAAGCGUGUUUGGUCCUUUUCCCGCCACUGUUGCCACAAAAGCAUGUUCUACUAUAAAUAGACUGGUUAACUCGCUGCCAGACGACCUAGUUGAGUUGCUAGGCAACGAGGAGAGGGAGGAAGCCGAUGGUGCAGCAUCCAUAAAAGAAUUCGGUACUGAGUUCAAGUUUGUUUUGCCAUCAGUCAAAACAAAGGAGGAUGAUAUAUCUAGUUCGGAAUCGGAGGAGGAAGAAAAGAAGGAAGUGAAUUUACAUUACAGUGCGAGUACCAGUGGGAGUGAAUUUAAAACUGCUGCACGUGGUCAAAAGAUAACGCCAGUAUCAAAAGAAUUUGACUCUAUGUGGCUUCAGCAGGAAGUUGCAAAGUAUUAUGGGUAUUCAGGAGUCACUGAGAUGGGGCUCACAGUGGAAGAUCUGUCCAACACUAUUUUUGACUUUCUUUCAUCGCCGAAGUCAGACUCUGAACUACAAAAUGAUCUGUUUGAACUGCUGGGGUUUGACAGGUUUGAGUUGAUCCAGUCCCUGCUGGAAAACAGAGAGAAGCUUGUCUAUGCAGCGACCAAAGAACCAGAGCCCUCAAAGCCAUCAUUGCCCAGACCCAAGUUAGAGGGCUCCAGUAAACCAGCAUAUGGCUGCCAAGUUGUUAUACAGUCAGAGCAGGAGAAGGCAAUGCUGAAACAGCUCCGUCGUGAGGAGAAGAAGCUAGACAAACGGGGCGGACGUGCGGAGGACUCGAGUGAAUUAACCUUUGUCCCUGCAGAACUCCGGGCUCAGAGGGAGGCUGCCCUACAGCUAGCAUCCCAGGCCCCUAAGUUCUCUGGGCGCACUGGCUAUGACAGACAGCGUGAGAAGUACCCGCAUGUAUACGACCAGAUGGAAGAGGCCAGAAUGUCGUCCGCUUUCAUUGGAGGUGUUAAGAUGGUGCUGCCUGACUUGCUGACCCGAGAGAACAACAAGGUGUACGAGGAGGUGACCAUACCGCCCAGCGAGGCUGCACCCACCCAUGUGGGGGAGGAACGGGUCCGCAUUGACACACUGGACGACAUAGCCAAAGUGGCUUUCAAAAAUACCAAAUUGCUAAACAGGAUCCAGACUGUGGUGUUUGAGACAGCGUACAAAACCAACGAGAACCUGCUGAUUUGCGCGCCUACUGGUGCGGGUAAAACCAAUAUCGCCAUGUUGACCAUCCUGCAUGAGAUCAAGCAGCACAUCUCGCAAGGAGUGAUCAAGAAAGACGAGUUUAAGAUUAUAUAUGUGGCGCCUAUGAAAGCCCUUGCUGCAGAGAUGGUUCGUAACUUUGGCAGUCGCCUCGAGCCCUUAGGGAUUUCUGUGAAGGAACUGACGGGGGACAUGUCCCUUACCAAGUCUGAAAUUCUCAAGACGCAGAUGAUGGUGACGACCCCUGAGAAGUGGGACGUGGUUACGCGCAAGAGUACGGGAGAUGUGGCGCUGGCCCAGCUCGUGAAACUUCUCAUCAUUGAUGAGGUGCACCUGCUGCAUGACGACAGGGGGGCGGUCAUAGAGAGCCUUGUUGCUAGGACGCUCAGACAGGUGGAGACCUCCCAGAGCAUGAUCCGUAUUGUGGGUCUCUCUGCGACACUUCCCAACUACCUGGACGUGGCCAGGUUCCUCCACGUGAACCCUCGACUGGGGCUGUUCUUCUUCGAUGGACGGUUCAGACCCGUACCUCUUGGGAUGACCUUCAUUGGCAUCAAGGCCUUGAAUCGCAUUCAGCAGCUUCAAGACUUCAACACAGUCUGCUAUGAGAAGGUGCUGUACCAGGUCAAGCGUGGCUACCAGGUCAUGGUGUUCGUCCAUGCGCGAAACGAGACUGUGAGGACUGCGUCGGUGCUGAGGGACCAGGCCAAGAACAACGGGGACAGUCAGCUCUUCCUGCCCGAGCAGUCGGGGUCACUGGGAGAUGCUACAAACAAUGUGAUGAAGUCAAGAAACAAGCAGCUGAAGGAGCUGUUUGCAGAUGGGUUCAGCAUCCACCACGCAGGCAUGCUGCGUCAGGAUCGUAACCUUGUGGAGAAGUACUUUGCUGCAGGACACAUCAAGGUCCUCGUGUGCACGGCAACCCUCGCCUGGGGGGUCAACCUGCCCGCUCACGCUGUUGUCAUUAAGGGGACACAAAUCUAUGAUGCAAAGAAAGGUUCCUUUGUUGACCUGGGUAUCCUAGAUGUGAUGCAGAUAUUUGGACGCGCUGGUCGACCCCAGUACGACACGUUUGGGCACGGAACGAUCAUCUCGACCCACGACAAGCUGUCCCAUUACCUGUCGCUGAUGACCCGACAGAACCCGAUCGAGAGUCAGUUCACCAACAGUCUCGCGGAUAAUCUCAAUGCAGAGAUCUCCUUAGGUACAGUUACCAACAUAGAGGAGGCGGUGCGUUGGCUGAGCUACACGUACCUGUAUGUGCGUCUCACGAUCAACCCACUAGCUUAUGGCGUCCCCUACGCCAUGGUCCAGGAUGACCCGACGCUUCAGGUGUAUCGGCAUGACCUCGUAGUCAAUGCUGGGAGAAAACUGGACCAGGCUAAGAUGAUUCGGUUUGAUGAAAAUACGGGGUAUUUCCAUUCCACGGACCAGGGGAGGGUGGCCAGUCAUUUCUACGUCAAGUAUGACACAGUAGAGGUUAUCAAUGAGUACCUGAAGACCGUGAUGACAGAGGCAGAUAUAUUUGCUCUUGUGUCCAAGGCGCAAGAAUUCGACCAAAUCAAGGUUCGAGAUGAGGAGAUGGAGGAGCUGGAUCGUCUGCUUCACGAGGAGUGUGAGAUGCAGGUACCCGGUGGUACGGAGAACUCGUACGGCAAGGUCAACAUCCUCCUGCAGAGCUACGUCUCACGCCAGUACCUCGAGAGCUUCUCCCUGGUGUCUGACCAGGCAUAUGUGGCUCAGAAUGCUGCCAGAAUAACACGCUCGCUGUUUGAGAUAUGCCUGAAGAAGGGCUGGCCAAUCAUGGCAGGUCGUCUGCUCAACCUGAGUAAAACCAUCGACAAACGGAUCUGGGGUUUUGAGACACCGCUGCGACAGUUUUCGAUUCUGAGCCCUGAAAUCAUCAACAAACUUGAGGCAGGCAAGAUGAAGAUUGAACGACUGCGGGAGAUGGACGCUAAAGAAAUUGGCCACAUGGUACACCACGUGAAGAUGGGCAGUAUCAUCAAGAAGUGCGUACACGCGUUACCACAGUUGGAUCUGGAGGCCACCAUCCAGCCAAUCACACGCACCGUCCUCAGAGUGAGGCUCGUCAUCACGCCCAUGUUCCACUGGGACGAUAAGGUCCAUGGUUCUGCUGCUGAGUCGUUCUGGAUCUGGGUAGAGGACCCAGAAAACAACCACAUAUACCACUCUGAGUACUUUCUGCUGCACAAGAAACAGAUGUUUAGCAAGGAGCCCAACCAGGUUCUGGUGUUCACCAUUCCAAUAUUUGAGCCCCUGCCUUCCCAGUACUACGUGAAGGCCAUAUCUGACCGCUGGCUGGGAUGUGAGUCCAUGUGUGCAAUCUCCUUCCAGCAUCUCAUACUGCCAGAGAGGCAUCCACCACACACAGAACUUCUGGAUCUGCAGCCACUGCCUGUAACUGCCCUCAUAGAUCCAAUGUUAGAGACCCUCUACAAGUUCACACACUUCAACCCCAUUCAGACCCAGCUGUUCCAUGUGCUAUACCACUCGGACCACAACGUGCUGCUGGGAGCCCCCACUGGCUCUGGUAAGACCAUCGCUGCUGAACUGGCCAUCUUCAGACUGUUCAGAGAACGACCAAAAGACAAGGCUGUGUACAUUGCCCCCCUGAAAGCUCUUGUGCGAGAAAGAAUGGAGGACUGGAAAGUAAGAAUCGAGCAAAAGCUUGGGAAAAAGGUGGUGGAGCUGACAGGGGAUGUCACUCCGGACAUGCGGGCCAUAGCGAAGGCAGACCUGAUCGUGACUACACCAGAGAAGUGGGACGGUGUGUCCCGUAGUUGGCAGACCCGCAGCUAUGUCAAGGCUGUGUCCUUGAUUGUCAUUGAUGAGAUACAUCUGCUGGGCAACGAUAGAGGCCCAGUUCUUGAGGUGAUAGUAUCUAGGACCAACUUCAUCUCGUCUCACACCGAGAGAAAGGUGCGCGUUGUUGGUCUGUCCACUGCGCUGGCUAAUGCACGAGAUCUCGCAGACUGGCUUGGGAUUGUUCAGGUUGGUCUGUACAACUUCCGUCCGUCUGUACGCCCGGUUCCCCUGGAUGUGCACAUCAGUGGGUUUCCAGGGCAACACUACUGUCCAAGGAUGGCAACCAUGAACAAGCCAACUUUCCAAGCUAUCAAGACUCAUUCGCCAACUAAGCCAGUUCUAGUGUUUGUAUCGUCACGGCGACAGACCAGGCUUACUGCCCUUGACCUGAUAGCGUUCCUGGCAGGGGAAGAAGACCCAAAACAGUGGCUACACAUGCCAGAGACUGAGAUGGAGAACAUCAUAUCGGGUGUGCGGGACUCGAACCUGAAACUGACGCUGGCGUUUGGUAUCGGCAUCCAUCACGCUGGCCUCGUGGAGAGAGACAGGAAGAUCACGGAGGAGUUGUUUGUGAACUCCAAGAUACAGAUUCUGAUUGCGACCAGCACACUUGCCUGGGGUGUGAAUUUCCCUGCCCAUCUUGUGGUUGUCAAGGGAACAGAAUACUACGAUGGGAAGACCCGCAGAUAUGUUGACUUUCCUAUUACUGAUGUUCUUCAAAUGAUGGGGAGAGCCGGGAGACCUCAGUUUGAUGAUCAGGGUGUGGCAGUGAUCUUGGUGCAUGACAUCAAGAAACACUUCUAUAAGAAGUUCCUGUAUGAGCCAUUCCCUGUGGAAUCUAAUCUCCUAGAGGUACUGCCAGACCAUCUGAAUGCUGAGAUAGUGGCCGGUACCAUCACCUCCAAGCAGGAUGCCAUGGACUACAUCACCUGGACCUACUUCUUCAGGCGCCUUCUCAUGAACCCAAGCCAGCUGUGUAUACAUGCUAUCAGAAGCGUGUCCCUGAUUUUGAAUCUGAUCACAGUUCACUAG